AUGGGAGUUGCAACCAGGACUCUUGUGGAUGCUGGUUAUAAGCAGUUUUUUGAUGAUCAUUCACUCUUCAUUAAGAAACAAUCUCAAAGCUUCACUGCCAUUCUAGUAUAUGUUGAUGACUUGGUUUUAACUGGGAAUGACAUUGGUGAAAUCAAUUCCAUCAAGCAAGAUUUGGAUGACAAAUUCAAAAUAAAGGAUCUUGGUGAUCUCAAAUACUUCUUGGGAAUGGAAGUAGCACGCUCUAACUCUGGAAUUCACAUUUAUCAGCGGAAGUACACCAUGGACCUUCUCAGAGAUUUUGGUUAUCUAGAUUGCAAGCCUCUCUCUACUCCAUUUGAUUAUAGUCAGAAACUUUCAAAGGAAUCAGGUACCAUUUUAACAGACAACACUGUUUACAGACAGCUCAUCGGCCGACUCCUUUACCUCACAAAUACUACACCCGAUAUCUCUUAUGCUGUGGGACGUUUGAGCAAAUUUUUGGACUGUGCAACAACUUCUCACCUACAGGCUGCUUUUCGUGUACUCCGAUAUUUAAAAGGCCGACCUGCAACUGGUCUCUUCUUCCCCUCUACAUCUAAUCUGCAUCUCACUGGAUUUGCCGAUGCUGACUGGGCUACCUGUGCCGAUACUCGUCGCUCCGUUUCCGGUUAUUGCUUCAUGCUUGGGAACUCUCUCAUUAGAUGGAAGAGUAAGAAGCAAACCACAGUUGCCAAGUCCUCUGUAGAAGCUCAAUAUAGGUCUCUUGCUGUUGCCACUUGUGAAGCUAGUUGGUUAUCUUUCUUAAUGGAUUUCAUUGGCUUGCCGCUUCAAAAGUCUAUCACUCUAUUCUGUGACAACUAG